CUUGCAUCACUUCCGGGAAUUAUACAACCUGAUAAUACAGGUAGAGAGAUAACCUUGGACGUUCCUAUUUUACGUAAAGUUCACAAAGAUGCCAGAAGAAAAGAAAGACGGUGAAAAGAAAUUAAAGCCGUGCUGUGCUUGUCCAGAAACGAGGAAACCGAGAGAUCAGUGUAUUUUUGAAAAAGGUGAAUCAGAAUGUCAAGAAUUAAUAGAAGCACAUAAAGAAUGUAUGAGAAAACUUGGUUUUAAAGUUUGAUAUUUUUGACAAAUAUUGACAGUGUGUGUACCUGGAAGUAUGAAUGAUGAAGAAAAGUGAAAUUUUUAAGAAGAAAUCCAGAAGCUAAUUCUACUUAUCUUUAAAAUGCAUUUAGUGAAAGCAAUAUAUGAUAAAAUAGUUGACUUUUGUAACAGGAUCUAAUGAUAAUGAUGACUGUUGGGUUGGCUUCUUUAUUUCAACAAUAUUGGCUUCUUUAUUUCAACAAUACAGAAACAAACAAUAAAACUUAUUAUAUCUAUAAUUUUAACAAACAAUAUAGCACACAGGAACAUAACAUAUCUGCUUCUAUCGAUCUGUCUAGUACAGCCGUCUCCGUAGUGGUCUCUUGAUAAGCUUGUCUGAGUUAUGUUUCUACCUGAGAUCAUUUUUAACGGUCAAGGUGUUAUCAACAACCUUAUUAGUAUUUAACAGCCAUUCACAAGUUAUAAUACAUAUA